AUGAGAUACCAGAGUCUCGGUCUUGUUUUCGCCAUUAUACUGGCCUUCUUCACCCUCCACGGAGCGAUUGAUAUCCGCUCCAGCGCCCAACAGGACAGCAUGUCCUCGACAAGUCUCGCCCCCAAUGCCGAAGUCCCUAGGGAGAUGGGAACUCUCACGAUCGAUGGCUCUCUUGAGCUUGAAACUCUCUUUUUCUUCAUCGGUCGCCCUCUGGCGAUAUCAAUAGCUAGCAAGAGAAGCUCAGACCCUAAACUCUACUCAUUUUAG